UUGGACAUAAUUGUAGUAGAGAGUAGAACACGAGACCGCAAUGGUUGAAGCUACGGGGGAAGGGCAAGUGGAAUUUUGUUCCUCCACCCCUUUUCUUGUUCUGGCGCAUGCGUAUACGUGUGGGGUGGGGACAGAUGGUACGGCGGGAGCACUGUUGGCCUUGGGGAAGCUUUAGUGGAGGGGUGUGUGUAUACCAGGCGUCGUGUCGCUGUGAAAGCAUGAGCCGAGAUUUCAAACCCGGAGACUUGAUCUUUGCCAAGAUGAAAGGUUAUCCCCAUUGGCCAGCCAGGGUGGACGAAGUUCCAGAUGGAGCAGUAAAACCUCCUAUGAAUAAAAUGCCUAUUUUCUUUUUUGGCACUCAUGAGACGGCAUUUUUGGGACCAAAGGAUAUAUUCCCUUAUUAUGAAAAUAAAGAUAAAUAUGGCAAACCAAAUAAAAGAAAAGGUUUUAAUGAGGGAUUAUGGGAAAUUGACAACAAUCCCAAAGUGAAAUUCUCUCAUCAGCAGUCCCAUCCAGCUGUUAAGAGUGCUAUCAAAGAAACUGUUCGUGAAAGUUGUCAAGAGUUUACUGAGGGGAGUGAAGAAAAAGGAGGAGCCAAAAGGAGGAAGUCUGUUAUUUCCAAAUCAUCUGCUAAACAGGAUAAUAACUUAUCUGCAGAAGACAAAGAGAUGGAUCUUACGAAGGGAGGUGAUACCCCUUUUGAAAAACCCAGUAAUGAAGAUGUGAUGAAAACAAAUGAUAAAUGUAUUCCUAAAAUUGCUAGAAGAGGAAGAAAGAGAAAGGCUGAAAAACAAACUGAAGCUGAAGAAGCUGCAGCAGCAGCAACUGCAGUCGCUGUGGCUCCAAAAGUAAGCCCAAAAAGAGGAAGACCAGCAGCUACUGACGUAAAGGUUCCAAAACCAAGAGGGAGACCCAAAUUGGUGAAACCACCUUGUUCUUCAGAAACAGACAUUGCUCAUGAGGAGGAGAAGGCAAAGAAAAAAGGACCAGAAGAGAAGCCCAAAAAACAAGGGAAAAAAGAUGAGGAGAGUCAGAAGAAAGAAGACAAACCAAGGAUGGAAUUUGAUAGAAGAGAAGGAAAGAAAGAGACCGAACCAAAAAGGAGAAAUACUUCCCAAGUGGGUUUUGUAUCAGCCUCUGAUUCUGAAGAGGAUGGAGGAGAGCAUGAAGUUGAUAAGCAGAAGAAAAAAGGAGGAAGGAACUUUCAAGGAGCUCAUAGAAGAAACAUGUUACAAGGCCAGCAUGAGAGAGAACUGACAGAAAGAAAGUGUAAGCAAGAGAAGCAGAUGGAAUCUGAGCCGCAAAAUAAAGAAGAAGGUAAGAAACCAGAAGUUAAGAGGAUGGAGAAGAAGAGAGAAACAUCAAUGGAUUCUAGGCUUCAAAGGAUACAUGCAGAAAUUAAAAACUCGCUCAAAAUUGAUAAUCUUGAUGUGAACAGGUGUAUUGAGGCUCUUGAUGAGCUUGCUUCCCUUCAGGUCACGAUGCAGCAAGCUCAAAAGCACACAGAGGUGAUUUUGACUUUGAAGAAGAUACGGAAGUUCAAAGUUAGCCAGGUUAUCAUGGAGAAAUCUACAAUGCUGUACAACAAGUUCAAGACUAUGUUUCUAGUUGGAGAAGGUGAUUCUGUUCUCUCACAGGUACUAAAUAAAUCACUUGCUGAGCAGAAGCAACAUGAGGAAAUCAAAAAAUCCAAAGAACAGUGGAAGAAAGGACCAAACAAAAAACUGGAAAAGGAAAAAGAACAAACAGGUUUGAAGACACUAAAUGGAGAGUCUGAAGACACUCAAGACACCAACCAAUCACAACACAGUGGAGAGAACACUGAGGAAAAGAAAGAGAAGCAUGAAGUUAGCACUAAGAAAAAGGUUUUCUCCUCAACUUUAUAGAAAUAUAAUGGCAUGUUACUUCUGCUCUGGUCUUGAACAAACAUUUUUAGGAGAACUGCUUCACUCAUUUCAAUAGUGUAGGUAGAAGGAACUUGUUGGAAACUUGCACGGGAGGAGCCGACGGAGGGAAGACCCAGACGCUCAAUAUGAGUGAUCAGUGUACUUCAACUUUAUUAGGUGUGGUCUUUCUUUAUAUAGUAUAGGACUAAUCAGGCUCAUACAUAUUGCAAAAGCUGAGCUCCUUAUUGGUAACAGCAAUUUGGUUUACCCAGCAACUUCUGCAUUACAUCACCUGCAAGUUCCCAGGACUAAUCAUUGAUAACACCUUGGAGCCAAGGACAAUGUGUCCUUGGCUCUAGCUGUUUUUACUCUCGUACGGGACUUGGCUCACAUCAACUGUGUGCGAUAUGCACUUAGUUCUGCUUCCUUUAGUUGUUCAAUCUUCACAUGACCUCUGCCCUCAAGCCAGUCCUCCACAGGAACUUUUAUAGGAUGUUCUGCUAGUAGGCUAGAUAGCUUGAGGUGAGACAGAGUGCUAUAUAUGCUUUCUUCUGCACUCUAGAGUACCCGGUGCUAUUGAGCUGGAAACAAAGGGAGCCUGGACCAAAUUGCACAGAAACUGAUGAGAUUUGUCAAAUUUUUGCAAAUUCACUUAUUCUAAUCAGUAGGCAAGUAAAUACAAUGUAGUUAUAGAAUUGUCUAAAUACAGUUAACUUGCCAUUAGCAUUAGAACUUCUGCCCAUGAAAUUUCAGAACUCUUUGGCUAAGUGUGACAGGCUUAUACAGGUUGACAAAUUAAACAGUUCUGGUCAAACAUCCAUAAGAAUGCUUGAAUUUGUACAUGAGGUAAGUAUUUAAGCCCCAAAAGAACUAAUGAGACUGAAGAUACAACUCCUAUGCACCUCUGCUGCCUGAUAACCUAGUACCUUGUAAACAAGAGUGGCAGCAACAUCUCUCUUAUGAAAUGUGGAAUACUUAGCAGAAUUUUGUAAGAGAAAGAGGAAAAAAGUCCAGGAUCAACCUUUAGCUGAAUUCUUUUCUUGGAGACCCAUUUAUUUUCUCUAAGCACUCCCGUAGUCAGUGCUCACAGAUUGUUUUUGUACAGCCAUAUCCAUUGGGGGAAGCUAUACUUUCAUUACUGUUUCCAUGCUUCUGAAAUCAAGGAGAGAGUCCAAAAGUUGUGUUGCCCAGCAUUCCUUUUGGCUGCCUAGAAGAUAAAACUUUGUAUCCAAAUCUGUGGGAUAUGAUCGCUAUUAAUUACAAUAGGGUAAACUUAUGUUUUAUCUUUUCUUUGAGAUGAACAGGUGUUUGAUUUUGCUCCAGAGGUAGUCUUGGAAUUAUUGGUUUCUGAUUGGCCAGCUUUCAAAAGUGUCAUUUGGGAGUUUUCAGCCAAAUAACAAACAUUUGUCAUUUUGUCUGGAUGAGUGGCAUACUAAAGGAAUACCUUUUAUAAAUGAGAGAUCAGUGCAGGUUCCCAACCCAAGUUAUGCAACACAACACUGACCAACUCAUUGAUUUAAGCAAAAUGCCAUACGGCAUUAAUGCAGUGUGGCAUCUGAGUUAAUCGAAAUCGUAAAUGAAGCAGUUGAACAGUGGAACAUAUUUGGCCAAUCAUUUGAAAAUAAAUGGCCUCUUUUAAGAACUGCCUCUCCUAAGGUGCAUUUUUCAUGGGCUGUUCCA